AAAAAGGUUUUGCCUAGCAAUUUUCUGUAUGUCUGGAAUUUUAUGUUGUACCGCCGGUGUUUUCCAACAUUUUGAUAAACUAUCGAAAACAUCUUCCUCUGUUAUGGUAACUACAUUAGUGGUAUCAAUAUUGGCCAAAUGUUCUGUAGCAUCUGCAAGCAGAAGUGUUAUUGUGUAUACUACGGAACUAUAUCCUACAAUUAUAAGGACAACAGGUUUCAGUUUCCAGGCGACUGUUGGACGCUUUGGGGCAAUUGUAUCUCCAUUUUUGAUUCAUAUUAAUGGAUAUUUCCCCGGUGCCAUGUACGUUAUCUGUGGAGUUAUAUUGGUUAUCUCUUCGGUUUGCAUUUUGUUCCUAAGGGAGACAAAGGACAUGGUACUGCAAGAUUACAUCAGGCCGGAUCCAUCAGAUUUAAGUACUAAAUAAACAGUUUAAUAGUUUCAUAGACUCGCUUUUAAUUGAUAUUUCAUUGCAAAA